AAACAAAAAAACGAGAGGAGUGCCGGUCUAAACUCUAAACCAGAGCCUUAAAUCCUGUGUCAGUUUCUUUCGACUCCCAAAUUCACCAAUUCGAUGAUGAAGUACUCUCAUUUCAGCUCCCUAUUCAACACUCUCCGAAACGCACCACGUCACGUUUCGCUGUACUCAACGGCGGCACCCAAAUCUCAUCGGAAGUUCUGGAAAGGCUCGCUGAACGGCCUCUACCGUCAGAUCUCCCGGAGCGAUCCAAAGGCCUCCGUAUUACCCAUUCUCGACCGGUGGGUCCAAAACAGCCGAACCGUAGAUAAAGAUGACCUCGUCACUAUCAUCAAGGAGCUCAGGUACUACAAAGACUACAGCCAAGCUCUUGAGGUGUCCAUGUGGAUGAGUGACAAAAGGUAUGUUGAACUUUUGCCCUCUGACAUAGCCAUCCGGCUUGACUUGAUUGCAAAAGUUCAUGGAAUAGAACAAGCUGAGAAUUAUUUUAACAACACUCCCCAACAAUUGAAAGUCCUUGAGGUUUACAGUGCUCUCCUCAACUGCUAUGCCCAUGCAAAACAGUUGGAAAAAGCAGAGGCGACCAUGCAGAAGAUGAGGGAUUUGGGGUUCUCUAGGACGUCAUUGUCAUACAAUGUUUUGCUCAAUUUGUAUUAUAAGACUGGACACCGUGCAAAAUUUGACAGUCUGAUGAGUGAAAUGGAAGAGAAUGGCAUCGGUUUUGACAGAUUCACAUAUGGGAUCAGACUCAGUGCAGCUGCAGCUGCUUCUGAUCUCGAGGGAAUUGACAAGAUUCUGGCUGAAUGGGAAUCCGAUCCUAAGAGUCUUUUGGACUGGAUUAAUUGUGCCGUUGCAGCAAACGGUUAUACAAAAGCAGGAGCUGUGGACAAGGCUUUAGCAAUGCUAAAGAGAUCUGAGGAACAGAUACCAAGUUCUAAAAGACAGAGAGGAGCAUAUCAGUACCUUAUGACGCAAUAUGCAGUACUAGGGAAGAAAGAUGAUACUUUGAGACUAUGGAAAUGUUACAAGGAGCAGAUGAAAGUAUACAAUAGGGGUUAUAUAUGCAUAAUGACCUCACUCUCGAAGUUUGAUGACAUUGAGAAUGCUGAGAAGAUCUUUGAAGAGUGGGAAUCUGAGCAUGCAAAUUAUGAUAUUCGUAUCCCAAAUACCUUGAUUGGUGCUUAUACCAGGAAUGGUUUUCUUGACAAGGCUGAAGCCAUUAUGAUCAGGAUAAGAUUGAAGGAUGAGAAACCUAAUCCUACGGCAUGGAAUUAUUUGGCGAAAGGGUAUCUUGAUCACGGUCAAAUUGAGAAGGUACUUGAAUCAGCAACAAAAGCAGUUUCUGCUGCGCAGCCAGGGUGGAUGCCGGACAAGGAUGUUGUGGUCGCAUGUCUGGAAUACUUCAAAAGUAAAGCAGAUCUGGAAGGAGCCGAGGAAUUUAUAAAACUCCUCGGGGAUAAGAAUAUUAUUCCAGUAAAUAUGCAGGAGAGAUUGUUGAAUCAUAUCAAAAAUGAGAAUUCAACUGCUGUAAUAGGUGAAAUGGAAUGGGAUUGUCCAAAUGGGGAUGAAGAAACAAGUGAACUUACAGAUGUGGAAUCAGGGCAGUAGUGGCUUUUAGGACUUGGGAUCCACUUAGCAAAGCCAUAUUUAUAUGGAUUCCAAAGAACACCUGAAAUUUGGGUAGCGAAUGCAAGUCUAACUGCUAAGACCUCGUAAAAUGUUCAUUAGGGGGAAGCUGAGAUGUUAACAAAAUGUUUCUUUUUUCUGCGAAUGUAGACAUUGCUUUUGUUUCUCUAGUUUGACCAUGAAGUGUGCUACUAACACAAAACUUAUCCAAUUCCUGAAGAUGCAGAAACAGUCUUAACAA